UUACGCCUACUUUUUUUCUGUUCACGAAUCCAUGUCCGAAUUCGCAGUGCCUAGUGCCCCAACACCGAAGCCACCUCCGCAAGGCCCAGCGCUCGCAUAUAACAAACCAGACUGGAGUUCUGCCGCGAAACUAAAGUACUCUUUUGAAAUUCUGAAGAAUGGAACCGUAGUUCAAGAAUUUGAUGGUCCCGCCCGAGAAUUCAUAACCGUUGGUCGGUUACCUCUGUGUGAUUUAGAACUUGAGCACCCGUCAAUAUCGCGCUAUCAUGCAGUCAUUCAGUUCAAUGAUGAUGGAAAGGCAUUUUUGUAUGAUUUAGGGAGCGGCCAUGGAACUAGGAUCAACAAAAAGCCUGUGGAUAAACAUAGCUAUGUUCCUCUUGCCGAGGGGGAUCAGAUCAAGUUUGGAGAGAGUACGAGAUUAUGCAUUUUCCAUACAGAGUUCACAGAAGAAGAGGAAGAGCCCGAAGAGACGAAAAAGACUUCUAUCUUGAUUAAACGAAAGCAACCAAUGCCUGUCGAAGAAGAUGAGGAUCAGGGUGUUACAUGGGGUCUGCCAGAGGAUGCAGUAGAUGAAGAUGAGGAAGAUGUAGACGAAAAUGAUCCAAAGGCGAUUGAGGCAGCUGAAAAGCGUUUGGAAGAGAAAGCAGCUGCGCAAAAGGAGAGAAUGAAGCGACUUUUUGGAGACGGCGACGACAGUGAUGAAGAUAGCUAUUAUGACCGCACGGGAGCAGUUGAAAAGCACAAAUCUAGAAAGACUAACAAGGGUAAAGCCCAAAAAGUCGAAACUUACGACUCAUUAAUUGAGAAGCAGAAAAUGACGCAAAAGCGCAUAGCCGACAUCGAAGACCAGCUGAAAAGCCUUCAAGAUGAAGAAGAGGAAGAGAAGAGACAAAUCGCCAGUAAAGAGGCUGUUGAAGAUGACCUCGACUCCUACAUGGAAAAAAUUGAUACAGUCAAAUCCCAGCGUGCAAGCAAGACGAACUUACAAAAAGAGCUACAAAAAUUGACCAAGGAAUUACCUCGCUUAGAAAAACUUGUCAAGUUAACCAAGCCUACCGAGUAUUAAUCCUAAUAUGGAGCACGUCAGUUAUGCGCAGGAAAACCAUAGACUUUGUAAAUACAGGGAUGUUGAAAGUAACAUAAUGCUCUCGGCGAAUGAAAAGUGUCAUAUUUGAAGGAUAUGAGGACGUUCUGACGCGAGCUAACAACGAUAUGGCGAGGCAAGGCAUUUGUUAUAGCCAGG